UGCAGGGUGACGAUGAUGCAAAUCCAAAUGAGUUUGGUUCAAAUGGAGGAAAAAGACCCUAUACCUUAUUUCAGGGGCACUCAGGACCAGUUUAUUCAGCUUCUUUUUGAGUCCUAUGGGAGAUUUUAUACUUUCCUCUUCAGCCGAUUCAACAAUUCGGUUAUGGAGCACUGAACUAAAUGCAAAUCUUGUUUGCUACAAGGGUCAUAAUUACCCAGUAUGGGAUGUACAGUAUAGUCCUGUAGGACACUAUUUCGCUAGUGCAUCACACGACCAGACAGCAAGGAUAUGGUCUAUGGAAAGAAUACAACCUUUGCGAAUAAUGGCAGGGCAUUUAUCUGAUGUUGAUGUUAGUUUCUCUCUGACUUUAUUACGUGUUAUAAAAGGGAACUAGUAUUGCUUUGAUGUUAUUUAUAUUGUUGAACAACAACAACCUUAAUCCAGAAGAGUGCUUUAAUGUUGUCUAAACUUACUGAUCUAGUCUAGUUCUUAUACACUAAUUCUGAUUGAGGUUUCAUUUAUCAUUAUCAGUGUGUGCAAUGGCAUGCCUAUCUCAUUUCCCUUGUAUUGAAGCAUUUAUCUAUCUCAUUUCAACAUUUCAUGUUUAAGGUGUAAAA